AUGGAUACCGUCAUUGACCUAUCAGAUAUGUCGAAAGCGCUCGAUCUAGCCAAUAUCAGGGAUACUCUCAUCCGACUGGAAGACACCAUCAUCUUUCACUUGAUUGAGCGAGUGCACUUUCCCUACAACAAGACCAUCUACACCCCAGGCGCUAUCGAAGGCAUCGAUGCAAAACUCAGCUUCAUGGAAUGGUACCUGCGGGAGCAGGAGAGGGUGCAAGCGCUGAUCCGGCGCUUCAAGAGCCCGGAUGAGUACCCGUUCUUUCCCGAAUCCAGAAAUAUCAAGCCCGUGCUACGAGACGUCGAGUAUCCGCCAGUCUUGCACAAAAAUGAUGUCAAUGUCAACGACAAGAUCAAGAGCUACUACGUCGAGAAGUUCCUACCCGAGGUCUGCCGUGAUUUCGGUAGGGAAGACCGAGGCGAGAGCAAGGAGAACUAUGGCUCGUCGGCUACCUGUGACAUCGCAUGUUUACAGGCAAUCUCACGACGGAUUCAUUUCGGCAAGUUUGUAGCCGAGUCCAAGUUUCAGUCAGAGACAGAGCGCUUCACCAAGCUCAUCCAAGCCAAGGACGGCCAGGGUAUCGGUGAUGCUAUCACGAAGCCGGAGGUAGAGAAACAAGUUUUGAAGAGAUUGGCUUUAAAAGCCCAGACCUACGGCCAGGACCCUUCCUCAGGUGACAAGGCACCGCGGAUCAACGUCGACAAGGUUGUCGAGAUGUACGAGCAGUUCGUCAUCCCACUGACUAAGGAGGUGGAGGUUGAUUAUCUGUUGACACGGUUGGAAAACUAG